CAAAAAUCAAUUUUUGGAUCUACGCUUCUUCUCAUCGAGCUCAUUUCAACGGCCUCCCCGCCACCGCCACCUCCACCGCCAUGAGAAUACGCAAGCACGCGAAGAUUUCUCCAUUGCUCUACGCGCCGUCGCCUCUCAAGCUCCAAACUCACGUCUGCCAGCUCAAUCAGUCGCCGUGGGACGCCAUGACCUUCUCCCCACCGCCGUCUCCUCCGCCGCCGCUUCAGGUGAACGGCAGCGACGCUCGCGCUGGAAAUGGAAGCUCCGACCCUCGCGUUUCCGUUUCUGAGAGGCGAUCGGAAUAUCCGGACGCGGCUGCGCUAGAGAGCGGCGCGGCCGUUAUUUACUGCUGCAAGACCGACGGGAAGAGCUGGCAGUGCCGGAGGGAGGCGGCGGAGGGCAAUUCGAAAUGCGAGCACCACUUAUCCUUAGUUAAGAGCUACAGCAGCACCGCCGCUAAGAAAUCCGCCAAGCCGCCGGAGGCUCCUCGCCGGACUCGGCCGAAGAAGGCUCCGGCGGCGGCGGCGUCCAAUCCCUACGAAUUCUACUACUACACCGGCUUCGGGCCGCGGUGGGGCAAGGUGAGAGGCGAAACCGAUAGCAAGCACGAGGGUUUCGUUUACGAAGACGACGACAGCGAGGAAGACGAAGAUGAUGAUAGGGUUGAUGGGAAGAAGAAGAGGAUGAGAAAGCCGAUCAAAGCUAGGUCGCUGAAAUCGCUCUUUUGAAGAAUAAUUAUGUAGAAAUGUCACGUUUUAUUUUAUUUUUCUGAAUUAAAUGAAAUUUGUAGGGUGCAAAAUAUGGUUUGACGGUUUUGGGGUUCUACUUUGGGUGAGGUUAAGAUCCUCGGCCGUAACCACGCACGCACAUUUUAAUGUAUUUUGGUCGGGAGAAAUCACGAGGGUAGAAUGGUCUUUUCGUGUUUGUAUUAAAACAUUGGUUUUUUUUUUUUGCGUCUUGCACAGA